CGGGGCGUGCGGAUGCGCGCAGGAGGGGCAGCCGACUCAAAAGUGGGUUUUAUUGUCUCCCCCCGCCCCCCGCCCGGCCUCGCCACGCCGCGGCGAUCAUGGCCGCGCGGGCGCGGGCGGGCAGCGGCGAGAGGCGGGCGCCUCCCGGGCCGCGGCCGGCGCCCGGGGCCCGGGACCUGGAGGCGGGGGCGCGCGGCGCGGCGGCGGCGGCGGCGGCACCGGGGCCCGUGCUGGGGGGCGGCGACGGCGGCGGCCCGAGUAGUGUGCACCACCACCCCCUGCACCCCCGUCACGACCUGAACAUGGCCCAUAGCGCGAGCGCGGCGGCGGCCGCCAGCACUGGCAGCGCCAAGAGCGGCGGCUCUUCCGCGGCUCUCACGGAGGGUGCAAGCGCCGCCGCGCCGCCGUCCUCCUCCUCCGCGGCGGCGGCGGCGUGCUCUUCCUCCUCGUCGGGCCCGGGCUCGGCCAUGGAGACGGGGCUGCUCCCCAACCACAAACUGAAAGCCGUUGGCGAGGCCGUCGCCGCACCGCCCCAGCAGCACCACCACCACCGCCAUGCCCACCACCACCACCAUGCCCACCUCCACCACCACCGCCACCACGCACUGCAGCCGCUCAGCCAGUUCCAGCCGCAGCCCGCUUCCAACAGCAGCCUCGGCGGCGCGGCGCAGCCCGCUCCUGACAUGGAGCAGCCGCAACAUGGAGGCGCCAAGGACAGCGCCGCGGGCAGCCAGGCCGACCCCCCGGGCCAGCCUCUGCUGAGCAAGCCGGGCGACGAGGACGACGCGCCGCCCAAGAUGGGGGAGCCGGCGGGCGGCCGCUUCGAGCACUCGAGCCUGAGCGCCCUGGGCGCGCAGCAGCCGCCGGUCGCCGUGCCCGGGGGCGGCGGCGGCCCGGCGGCCGGCUCGGAGUUCAAUAAUUACUAUGGCAGCGCUGUCCCUGCUAGCGGCGGCCCCGGCGGCCGCGCUGGGCCUUGCUUUGAUCAACAUGGCGGACAACAAAGCCCCGGGAUGGGGAUGAUGCACUCCGCCUCGGCCGCCGCCGGGGCCCCCAGCAGCAUGGACCCCCUGCAGAACUCCCACGAAGGGUACCCCGGCAGCCAGUACAACCAUUAUCCGGGCUACAGCCGGCCCAGCGCGGGCGGCGGCGGCGGCGGCGGAGGCGGAGGAGGAGGAGGAGGAGGAGGAGGCGGCGGCGGCGGCGGCGGCGGCGGCGGCGGCGGAGGAGGAGGAGGAGCAGCGGGAGCCGUGGCGGCGGCGGCAGCAGCAGCAGGAGGCGGCGGCGGCGGCGGUGGUUAUGGGGGCUCGUCCUCGGGGUACGGGGUGCUGAGCGCCCCUCGGCAGCAGGGCGGCGGCAUGAUGAUGGGCCCCGGGGGCGGCGGGGCCGCGAGCCUCAGCAAGGCGGCCGCCGGCGCGGCGGCCGGGGGCUUCCAGCGCUUCGCCGGGCAGAGCCCGCACCCGUCGGGGGCCACCCCGACCCUCAACCAGCUGCUCACCUCGCCGAGCCCCAUGAUGAGGAGCUACGGCGGCGGCUACCCCGACUACAGCAGCCCCAGCGCGCCGCCGCCGCCGCCGCCGUCGCAGCCCCAGUCCCAGGCGGCGGCGGGGGCGGCGGCGGGCGGUCAGCAGGCGGCCGCGGGCAUGGGCUUGGGCAAGGACCUGGGCGCCCAGUACGCCGCUGCCAGCCCGGCCUGGGCGGCCGCGCAACAAAGGAGCCACCCGGCGAUGAGCCCCGGCACCCCCGGCCCGACCAUGGGCAGAUCCCAGGGCAGCCCAAUGGAUCCCAUGGUGAUGAAGAGACCUCAGUUGUAUGGAAUGGGCAGUAACCCUCAUUCUCAGCCUCAGCAGAGCAGCCCUUACCCAGGAGGUUCCUACGGCCCCCCAGGCCCACAGCGGUAUCCAAUCAGCAUCCAAGGUCGGACCCCAGGGGCCAUGGGAGGAAUGCAGUACCCACAGCAGCAGAUGCCACCUCAGUAUGGCCAGCAAGGUGUGAGUGGUUACUGCCAGCAGGGCCAGCAGCCUUACUACAACCAGCAGCCGCAGCCUCCGCACCUCCCUCCGCAGGCACAGUAUCUGCCCUCUCAGUCCCAGCAGAGGUACCAGCCACAGCAGGACAUGUCUCAGGAAGGCUAUGGCACUAGAUCUCAACCUCCGUUGGCCCCUGGAAAACCUAACCACGAAGACUUGAACUUAAUACAACAAGAAAGACCAUCAAGUUUACCAGUUGAAGUCUUGACCUCGGAGGAUACCGCCUUUGGACUCAAGGACCUGUCUGGCUCCAUCGAUGACCUCCCCACGGGAACAGAAGCGGCGUUGAGCUCAGCGGUCAGUGCAUCCGGGUCCACGAGCAGCCAAGGGGAUCAGAGCAACCCGGCUCAGUCCCCUUUCUCUCCACACGCAUCCCCCCACCUCUCCAGCAUCCCUGGGGGCCCUUCGCCUUCUCCUGUGGGCUCUCCUGUAGGGAGCAACCAGUCACGGUCUGGUCCAAUCUCUCCUGCAAGUAUUCCAGGCAGCCAGAUGCCUCCUCAGCCGCCCGGGAGCCAGGCCGAGUCCAGUUCCCAUCCCGCCUUGAGCCAGUCUCCAAUGCCGCAGGAAAGAGGUUUUAUGGCAGGCACACAAAGAAACCCUCAGAUGUCUCAGUAUGGACCUCAGCAAACAGGACCGUCCAUGUCACCUCAUCCUUCUCCUGGAGGCCAGAUGCAUCCUGGAAUCAGUAGCUUUCAGCAGAGUAACUCAAGCGGGACUUACGGUCCACAGAUGAGCCAGUAUGGACCACAAGGUAACUACUCCAGACCCCCAGCAUAUAGUGGGGUGCCCAGUGCAAGCUACAGCGGCCCAGGGCCCGGCAUGGGCAUCAAUGCCAACAACCAGAUGCAUGGGCAAGGGCCAAGCCAACCAUGUGGUGCUCUGCCCCUGGGACGAAUGCCAUCAGCUGGGAUGCAGAACAGACCAUUUCCUGGAAAUAUGAGCAGCAUGACCCCCAGUUCUCCUGGCAUGUCUCAGCAGGGAGGGCCAGGAAUGGGGCCACCAAUGCCAACCGUGAACCGUAAGGCACAGGAGGCAGCCGCCGCAGUGAUGCAGGCCGCUGCAAACUCGGCACAGAGCAGGCCACCAUACGUUAGGUCGCCUGCUUAUCCCAGCCAGUCUGGGGCUGGCGGACGCCCCAUGUUUUCUUCCCAGCACCCCAACUAUGGCAACUCUCAGGCUCCCAUGGUGCACCAGCCUGACCAGUACGGGCAAGGCAGCUUUCCUGGCAUGAAUCAGAGUGGACUCCUGGCUUCCAGUUCUCCCUACAGCCAGCCCAUGAACAACAGCUCUGGGCUAAUGAACACCCAGGCAUCCCCCUACAGCAUGACGCCCAAUAUGGUGAACAGCUCGACAGCCCCUAUGGGUCUUGCAGAUAUGAUGUCUCCUGGCGACCCCAAACUGCCCCUCAAAGCAGACGGCAAAGAAGACGGCGCUCCGCAGCCUGAGAGCAAGUCGAAGGAUAGCUACAGCUCUCAGGGUAUUUCUCAGCCCCCAACCCCCGGCAACCUGCCAGUCCCUUCCCCAAUGUCCCCCAGCUCUGCUAGCAUCUCCUCAUUUCAUGGAGAUGAAAGUGAUAGCAUUAGCAGCCCAGGCUGGCCAAAGACUCCAUCAAGCCCUAAGUCCAGCUCAUCCUCCACCACGGGGGAGAAGAUCACAAAGGUCUAUGAGUUAGGGAAUGAGCCGGAGAGAAAGCUGUGGGUGGACCGAUACCUGACCUUCAUGGAGGAGAGAGGCUCUCCUGUCUCCAGCCUGCCUGCGGUGGGCAAGAAGCCCUUGGACCUGUUUCGCCUCUACAUCUGUGUCAAGGAGAUUGGAGGUUUGGCACAGGUUAAUAAAAACAAGAAGUGGCGUGAGCUGGCAACCAACCUCAAUGUUGGCACUUCAAGCAGCGCGGCGAGCUCCCUGAAAAAGCAGUAUAUUCAGUACCUGUUUGCCUUCGAGUGCAAGAUCGAGCGAGGGGAGGAGCCCCCGCCCGAAGUGUUCAGCGCUGCGGACACCAAGAAGCAGCCCAAGCUCCAGCCGCCCUCUCCUGCUAACUCAGGAUCCCUACAAGGUCCACAGACCCCCCAGUCAACUGGCAGUAAUUCAAUGGCAGAGGUUCCGGGGGACCUGAAGCCACCUACACCAGCCUCCACCCCUCAUGGACAGAUGACCCCAAUGCAAGGUGGAAGAAGCAGUACAGUCAGUGUGCACGACCCGUUCUCAGACACCAGUGAUUCAUCAUUCCCAAAACGGAACUCCAUGACUCCGAGCACCCCAUACCCGCAGGGCAUGAGCAUGCCAGAUGUGAUGAGCAGGGUGCCCUACGAACCCAACAAGGACCCCUUUGGUGGAAUGAGAAAAGUGCCUGGAAGUAGUGAGCCCUUUAUGACCCAAGGACAGAUGCCCGCAAGCAGUAUGCAGGACAUGUAUAACCAAAGCCCCUCCGGUGCCAUGUCUGGGCUGGGCAUGGGGCAGCGACAACAGUUUCCCUACGGAGCCAGCUAUGAUCGAAGACAUGAGCCUUACGGGCAGCAGUACGCAGGCCAAGGCCCGCCCUCAGGACAGCCGCCGUAUGGAGGACACCAGCCCGGCCUGUACCCGCAGCAGCCGUUUCAGAAUUACAAACGCCAUAUGGACGGCAUGUACGGGCCGCCAGCCAAACGCCAUGAGGGAGACAUGUACAGCAUGCAGUAUGGCAGCCAGCAGCAGGAGAUGUUCAACCAGUAUGGCAGCUCUUACUCCGGGCCGGACCGGAGGCCCGUGCAGGGGCAGUACCCGUACCCCUACAACAGAGAGCGGAUGCAGGGCCCUGGGCAGAUGCAGCCGCACGCCAUCCCGCCGCAGAUGCUGGGCGGCCCCAUGCCGGCGUCCUCCAGUGAGGGGCCGCAGCAGAGUAUGUGGGCAGCGCGCAAUGACAUGCCUUACCCCUACCAGAACAGGCAGGGCCCUGGCGGCCCCGCGCAGGCACCUCCUUAUCCAGGCAUGAGCCGCACGGAUGACAUGAUGGUACCUGAUCAAAGGAUCAAUCACGAGAGCCAGUGGCCUUCUCACGUCAGCCAGCGUCAGCCUUACAUGUCCUCUUCAGCCUCCAUGCAGCCCAUCACGCGCCCACCUCAGUCAUCCUACCCAACGGCACCGUCACUGCCAAACCACAUCUCCCGAGCGCCCAGCCCCGCCUCCUUCCAGCGCUCCCUGGAGAGCCGCAUGUCUCCAAGCAAGUCUCCCUUCCUGCCCUCGAUGAAGAUGCAGAAGGUCAUGCCCACCGUCCCCGCGGCCCAGGUCGCAGGGCCGCCCCCCCAGCCGCCCCCGAUCAGAAGGGAGAUCACCUUUCCUCCCGGCUCAGUGGAAGCAUCACAGCCAGUCCUGAAACAAAGGCGAAAGAUUACCUCAAAGGAUAUCGUUACUCCCGAGGCCUGGCGUGUGAUGAUGUCCCUUAAGUCAGGGCUUUUGGCUGAAAGUACUUGGGCUUUGGACACUAUUAACAUUCUUCUAUAUGAUGACAGCACUGUCGCUACUUUCAAUCUUUCCCAGUUGUCCGGAUUUCUCGAACUUUUAGUAGAGUACUUUAGAAAAUGCCUGAUUGACAUUUUUGGAAUUCUUAUGGAAUAUGAAGUGGGAGACCCCAGCCAAAAGGCACUUGAUAACAAUGCAGUGAAGAAAGAUCACGGCCGGUCCUUGGCCGACGACUCGGGGAAGGAGGACGAAGAUGCUGAAUGUACCGACGCCGAGGAGGACGAGGAGGACGACGAGGAGGAGGCCGGUGGGAAGGCAGAGGCUGAGGAUAAGAGCAGCGUGGCCUUGCCCACCCCCGACGCCGUGGCAGAUCCGAAGGAGAGGCCCAGGCAAGCUAGUAAGUUCGACAAGCUGCCGAUAAAGAUUGUCAGAAAGAACAACCUGUUUGUGGUGGACCGGUCCGACAGGCUGGGCCGCGUCCAGGAGUUCAGCAGCGGGCUUCUGCACUGGCAGCUUGGAGGGGGGGACACCACCGAGCACAUCCAGACUCACUUUGAGAGCAAGAUGGAGAUCCCUCCCCGCAGGCGCCCCCCUCCCCCUUCGGGCUCCACAGGCAGAAAGAAAGAGCAGGACGGAAAAGGCGAUUGCGAAGAGCAGCAAGAGAAAAGCAUCAUUGCAACCAUUGAUGACGUCCUGUCUGCUCGGCCAGGGGCCCUGCCCGAAGAGGCGAACCCCGGCACCCAGGCCGAGAGCAGCAAGUUUCCCUUCGGUAUACAUCAAGCCAAAAGCCACCGAAACAUCAAGCUGCUGGAGGAUGAGCCGCGGAGCCGAGACGAGACUCCCCUCUGCACCAUCGCGCACUGGCAGGAUUCUCUGGCCAAGCGCUGUAUCUGUGUGUCAAAUAUUGUCCGUAGCUUGUCGUUUGUGCCUGGCAAUGACGCCGAAAUGUCCAAACAUCCAGGCUUGGUGCUGAUCCUGGGAAAGCUGAUUCUUCUUCACCAUGAGCAUCCAGAGAGAAAACGAGCGCCGCAGACCUAUGAGAAAGAGGAGGCUGAGGACAAAGGGGUGGCCUGCAGCAAGGAGGAGUGGUGGUGGGACUGCCUCGAGGUCUUAAGGGAUAACACGCUGGUCACGUUAGCCAACAUUUCUGGGCAGCUAGACUUGUCUGCUUACACAGAAAGCAUCUGCUUGCCCAUCCUGGAUGGCUUGCUGCACUGGAUGGUGUGCCCAUCUGCAGAGGCACAGGACCCCUUUCCAACCGUGGGGCCCAAUUCUGUCCUGUCGCCUCAGAGACUCGUGCUGGAGACCCUCUGUAAACUCAGUAUCCAGGACAACAAUGUGGACCUGAUCUUGGCCACGCCUCCAUUUAGUCGUCAGGAGAAAUUCUAUGCUACGUUAGUUAGGUACGUUGGGGAUCGCAAAAACCCAGUCUGUCGAGAAAUGUCCAUGGCGCUUUUAUCGAACCUUGCCCAAGGGGAUGCACUGGCAGCUAGGGCAAUAGCUGUGCAGAAGGGAAGCAUUGGGAACUUGAUAAGCUUUCUAGAGGAUGGGGUCACGAUGGCCCAGUAUCAACAGAGCCAGCAUAACCUCAUGCACAUGCAGCCCCCACCGCUAGAGCCACCGAGCGUGGACAUGAUGUGCAGGGCGGCCAAGGCUCUGUUGGCCAUGGCCCGAGUGGACGAGAACCGCUCGGAAUUCCUUCUGCACGAGGGCCGAUUGCUGGAUAUCUCAAUAUCGGCCGUCCUGAACUCUCUGGUUGCGUCUGUCAUCUGUGAUGUACUGUUUCAGAUCGGGCAGUUAUGACAUCAGUGAGAAGGCAGCAUGUGUGAGUGAAGACUUAGAGGCUCCCAUAUAACUGGCUGUUUUCUGUUCUUGUUUAUCCAGCGUAGGAAGAAGGAAAAGAAAAUCUUUGCUCCUCUGCCCCAUUCACUAUUUACCAAUUGGGAAUUAAAGAAAUAAUUAAUUCGAACAGUUAUGAAAUUAAUAUUUGCUGUCUGUGUGUAUAAGUACAUGCUUUUGGGUUAAUUUUAUUUUUAAC